ACAUCGACACGCGCGCACCCACGCAUAGGUCGCUCUCCUGCUCCGCUCUCCCUUCGCGUCCAAGCCUCCCUCCCAUCCCCGCUGCACCGCAAGUCAACCGCCUUUCCACCUCCUCCGCCCCCUCGCCGUCGCCUCCUUCCUGGCGCAACGCCAGUAUAUAGAGCCGCACAGGCAUUCCUUUGCUGCCACGACAAAGAGGAGGCAGAGGUUCGCAAGGUUGAAACUGCAAUCCCGGCAACGGCAAGGCUUCUCUUUAGUUAGCUAGCGUAGCAGACUUCUGUUCAUAUACUGUUCUUGCGUGCACUGCACUUCUUGGCUAGCUAGCUGGUCGGCCAUGGCGGAUCACCAGAGGCAGAGGAUCCACCCGGUGGACCUGGAGGCGGGGCAUCCUAGGCCGACGACGCCGCUGGUGCCGCCGGGGAGCUCGUUCCGGUCCGACAAGGGCGACCCGGCCGCGGCCGCGGACAGGAGGCCGCCGCACCGCCAGCCGCUGCCGCCGCCGCCGCGCCGCGUAGCCGCACCUCUGCCACUGCCGCCGCCGAAGCGACGCAGGGGCUGCUGCUGCCGCUUCCUCUGCUGCGCCGUGGUGACCGUCCUCCUGCUCGCCGUCCUCGCCGCGGCAGCCCUGGGCGCGCUCUACCUGGUGUUCCAGCCCAAGGCGCCGCGGUACUCGGUGGACCGGCUGUCGGUGUCGCAGUUCCAGGUGGACCCGACCCUCACGGCGAGCGCGCGGUUCGACGUCACGGUGACGGCGGCCAACCCGAACGGCCGCAUCGGCAUCUUCUACGAGCGCGGGUCCAGCCUGAGCGUGUGGUACCACACCCACCGGCUGGCCCAGGGCGCGCUCCCGGCCUUCUACCAGGGCCGGCGCAACACGACGGUGCUGGGCGUGGUGAUGGCCGGGCAGGCGCAGCUGGGCAGCGCGGUGGUGGCGGCGCUGCGCGACGAGCAGCAGACGGGCGCCGUGCCGCUGGUGUUCCGCGCCGACGUGCCCGUGCGGGUGGAGCUGGGCAGCCUCAAGCUGUGGACGGUCACGUCCAGGGUGCGCUGCGACCUCGUCGUCGACAGCCUCCUCAACGCCAGCAGCCAGAUCAAGAUCAAGGCCAGCAACUGCAAGUUCAGCUUAAAGCUGUGAUCGGCCCUUGUCCUUCUUUCAUGGUGUAGUGUAAUUCUUUGGGUGGUUCGUUCUGGGGAUCGAUCGAUCGAGUUCUUCGCCUUGUGGGCGCGGUGGAUUCUUUUGGCAGCAGAGAGCCGUGCCGUGUUUGCAUCGGUGCGCUCCCGCCCCCUAGCAUGUCUUCUCCAGUAGCUCCGUGCAUGUACAUCUUGUGUAGUAGAGUUGAUAUUACCUUGCUGUUAGAGAGGAGUAAUAAUAAGCAUCCCUAGAUUUUUCAUGAAA